UCAAACUGGAUACAGCAAUUUGCGAGCAUCUGCAUUCGAAGUCUCGUUCUGAAAAGUGGAAAAAAGUGAAUGUGCUGACGUGAAUAAUUUUAGAAUAACCUUUUCAGUGAAUCAUCUGACUGUUCUGUAAUAAAAAACCUUAGUUUAUCUUUCAUUAAAUGCACCAAUCGCUCUCGAUCUUCCUAAAUAGAGUAGUCUCGUGCAACGUUGGCAGGCUUGCGCUAAAGCAGUCCUCGUUUUUCUGCAGCUCGGCGCGGAGAUUUCAUCAUCUUUUGCGGGUAAAUCGAUACUGCCUUUCGCCGGCAAGUGCAGCUUACAGCCAGCAGGCAGCGGUCAGUAAACCUUUCAUCUGGGGCUCCAAUAAGAAACACCGUGAUUUUAAACUAAAACAGCAGCUGUUGGAAAACAUGACCAUGGAUCCGAAAAUUGAGGAAGUUUUGGCCCCAUUGCGGCAGGCCGUUAAAGAGCAGGGUGACUUAGUGCGGAAGUUGAAAACGGAAAAGGCUCCGGAGAUUGAUGUUAAGAAAGCGGUCAAUGAACUAAAGGCUCGUAAGAAGAUUUUGGAAGAUAAGGAACUUAGCCUUGCUCCGGCGGUUGCAACCUUCGACCGUGCUCGGAUGGAAGAUUUGUUGAAGCGCCGGUUCUUUUACGACCAGAGUUUCGCCAUCUACGGUGGAAUCACCGGUCAGUACGAUUUUGGCCCGAUGGGUUGCGCUUUAAAAUCGAAUAUGAUCAAUGCCUGGCGGCAGUUCUUCGUGCUAGAGGAACAGAUGCUCGAAGUAGACUGUUCGAUUUUGACUCCCGAACCAGUACUGAAAGCAUCCGGUCACGUCGACCGGUUCGCAGAUUUGAUGGUGAAAGAUGUAGUGAAUGGAGAAUGCUUUCGGUUGGAUCAUUUAAUCAAAAAUCACUUGGAGAAAAUUUCGGCAGCGAAGGAUGCUACCCAAGAGCUGAAAGACGAGUGUACGGACAUCGUCAUCAAGUUGGACGGCAUGAACAAGAACGAAAUGGCAGCAAUUUUGAAGAAGUUCGGUAUGAAGAGUCCAAUCACUGGAAACGAGUUAACGGAACCGAUUGAGUUCAAUCUGAUGUUUGGAACCCAGAUUGGUCCCACUGGUUUGGUGAAGGGAUUCCUGCGGCCUGAAACAGCUCAGGGCAUUUUUGUCAACUUUAAACGGUUGUUGGAGUUCAAUCAGGGUAAGCUUCCGUUCGCGGCAGCUCAGAUUGGAAAUUCGUUCCGCAACGAAAUUUCACCCCGAUCUGGUUUGAUUCGGGUUCGUGAGUUUACUAUGUGUGAAAUCGAACAUUUCUGUGACCCCCAAUUGAAGGAUCAUCCUAAGUUUGAAAGCGUUAAGGAUGUUAUCAUGACAUUGUACUCGGCUUGCAAUCAGAUGGAUGGUAAAAGUGCCCAGCAGAUAACGAUUGGUGAUGCCGUGGGCAGAGGAUUGGUAGCAAAUGAAACUUUGGGUUACUUUAUGGCUCGAAUCCAGCAGUUCAUGCUUAAAAUUGGUAUCCUUCCGGAUCGGUUACGCUUCCGGCAACAUAUGGGCAACGAAAUGGCGCAUUAUGCUUGUGACUGUUGGGAUGCAGAAUGUUUGACCAGUUACGGAUGGAUCGAAUGCGUCGGUUGUGCCGAUCGGUCUGCUUACGAUCUGACGCAGCAUACCAACGCAACUGGAGUUAAGCUGGUAGCGGAGAAGAAACUUCCGGCCCCUAAAACUAUAGAAGUAACUGAGGUGGUUCCCAAUAAAGCGGCGAUUGGAAAGGCGUUUAAGAAAGAAGCAAAAUCUAUAACCGAAAUGUUGGCAAAACUUAGUCUUUCGGAUGUGGAAGUUAUUGGGCAAAGUUUGGCCGAGUCCGGCAAACACACGCUGACCGUAAAUGGUGCGGAUGUCGAGCUCAGUGCGGAGAUGAUCGCUGUUAAGACUAGCUCCAAGACCGUUCAUGUCGAGGAAAUCACUCCCAGUGUUAUUGAACCAUCGUUUGGCGUUGGUCGUAUUAUGUACUCACUGUUAGAGCACAGCUUCCGAAUGCGUGAAGGUGAUGAGCAGCGAAGCUACUUCUCACUACCUCCGGUAGUCGCUCCACUGAAAUGCUCCGUACUGCCACUCAGCAACAAUGCCGAAUUUGUGCCGUUCGUCAAACAAAUUUCAACCGCUCUGACAAGCGUUGAUGUUUCCCACAAGGUGGAUGAUUCCAGCGGAUCGAUUGGCCGUCGGUAUGCUCGUACGGAUGAAAUCGCUAUCCCCUACGGUAUUACGAUCGAUUUCGAUACAUUAAACGAGCCGCACAGUGUGACACUGCGCGAACGUGACUCGAUGAAGCAAGUUCGAAUUGGGUUAGCUGAGGUGGCCGAAGUGGUGCGGAAUUUGUCUACUGGUAGGCUCAGCUGGAUCGAUGUUGAAGACAAAUAUCCUAAGUUUGAACAACAAGAGGCGAGCUCCAAGUGAAAUGGCCUAGUAGUAACGGUAACUACACAUUAAAAGAAAAAAAAACGAUUGAUGAUCUUAGAUAUCGCUGUUUAAUUGCAUUUGUCUGGCUCUGCAUUUUAUUUCAAUUAUUUUCAGUAAACAAAGUAAUCCUGCAAA